AAAGCAACUGGAGUCACUGCACAUAAUUGAAUUUUAUUCAUAAUGUCCAAAUUAAUAUUACUCGGGUUUGCUUUGAUAUUUAUGUCACAUAAUGCAAGUUCCGCGCGUAUUUUGGGAAUGGUUAUGGCUCCAUCAUACAGCCAUCAAGUGUUUUUUCAACAAUUCUGGAGAGAACUAGCCAUUCGUGGUCAUGACGUCGUGGUGGUCACCACAGAUCCUACUAAUGAAGUACUUCCCAACUUUAAAGAAAUCAGCAUUAAAGAAACCUACGCACCAAUGAAAGAGUUCAUGAAUGUGAUGAUCAACACCAGUAUAUUUCAAAUCAUCCUACAAGAUAAGUUCACUGAAAUGUCAACGGCUCUGAGUGAAUUCCAAUUGAGACUGCCGCAGAUUCAAGAACUUAUUCAUAAUAAAACUGAACACUUUGAUCUUUUAAUGGUGGAGCAUUUCUUUACAUCUGUAGUUGCAUUCCAACAUCGUUUCCAAUGUCCAAUGAUUGGUGUGAUUUCGAUGGACGCACUGCCGGUAUCACAUGAAAUGAUGGGAAAUCCUGUGCAUUCUAUUUUGUACCCGCCGGCAAUGUUUCCAUAUAAUGAGAAUAUGUCUUUCUUCCAAAGAGUAAUAUCGGUUGUGUUUGCCAAUAUAUUUCAUCAUGUGCAAAUGAAAGCAAUUCCGAUAUUAGACGAGCUGAAUAAAGAAUUGUUUGGAAUGGAUAUCCCAUCUAUGGAUGAGUUAUUUGAGAGGACUGAUAUGCUGUUUGUUAAUGCAAACCCUAUUUUUUCUCCUGUGAGGCCUCAUACACCUAGUACUAUUUCUCUGGCUGGUGGAAUGCAUAUGACUCCGGUGAAACCUUUACCAAAAAAUUUGAAAGAUUUCUUGGAUAGUGCUAAAGAAGGUGCUAUUUACUUCAGUUUGGGGAGUAAUGUAAAAAGCAACGAAUUGACUUUAGAAUUGCGUCAAACUAUUAUAGACACAUUGGCUCAGUUACCCUACAAAGUUUUAUGGAAGUUUGAAGCUGAUGAUUUACCUGGUAAACCUGAUAAUGUCAUGAUUACUAAAUGGGCUCCUCAACAAGAUGUUUUAAGACACAAAAAUGUUAUUUUGUUCAUCACCCAAGGAGGUCUUCAGUCUUUAGAAGAAUCAUUGUUUUCUCAUGUUCCACUAGUACUAAUGCCAUUCUUCGGUGAUCAGUCAUCAAACGCGGAGAAAGCCAGAAAUAAAGGAUUGGGACUAGUUGUAGACAGACAUAACCUUAAAAUUGAAAGUUUCAAAGAAUCCAUAUUAGAGGUUAUAAGGAAUCCAAUAUAUAGAGCUACCAUCAAGCGUUUGGCGACAGAAAUUCAAGACACACCAAUGCCUCCGCUUGAAAACGCAAUCUGGUGGACUGAAUAUGUUUUGAGACACAAAGGUGCUCAACAUUUGAAAGGCCCCAAGAUUCCAUUGUAUCAGUAUUACUAUGUGGAUGUGUUGGCUUUUAUUGGAACUGUUGUUCUACUUAUUCUCGGCUUGCUGUAUGUCAUUGUCAAAAUGUUAAUCAAAGUCUGUUCUUUGAUAUUCUGCCGUAAAGUAACAGUUCCAAAGAAAGAGAAACUCAAAAAGAAUCAUUACCAAUCUAAUCGUUCUAUCAAUAAAUAUAUCAAAAUGAAUAAAAUAUUAGUGUUAAUAUUGACAGUGUUCACAAUUGUACAAAAUGUCCACUCCGCGCGAAUACUCUGCAUUAUAGGAAAUCCUUCCUACAGCCAUCAAGUGUUCUUCCAACCGUUAUGGCGCGAGUUGGCUAUCCGCGGUCACGACGUCGUGGUCAUCACCUCUGACCCAACCAACGAAAAGCUUCCCAAUUUCAAGGAAAUCAACACCCAUGAAACCUACGCCUCAUUCAAAAAAGCCAUGGAUAUGCUGAUAAACGGCACCUUUGUGGAUUUGAUGUUCAAAACUGAUUGGGCGGAAAGGGUUUUGGAGAUGAUGAAUCAAACCGUGGGUCUACCGCAAGUUCAAGAGCUGAUCCAUGACAAGUCGCAGCACUUUGACCUGUUGAUAGUCGAACAUAUGCUCUCGCCAUUCUUCGCAUUUAAGAAAAAGUAUAAUUGUCCUGUGAUUGGUGUUGUUUCAUUUGAUGCCAUGGCUAACUCGCAUAGAAUUAUGGGUAAUGCUGUGCAUUCUGUGUUGUAUCCAACACAGCUUCUACCAAAACCCGAUAACUUGUCAUUUCUUGAGAGAAUCAUGGCAAUUGGAUUAGGAAACGUAUUUGAACUCAUCGUCUAUUACAAGCCUUUGAUCAAGGCCAUGGAUACAGUGGCUAGGGAUUCGUUUAAUCAAACUGCUGAAGAUGUGAUGGAGAGUUUUGAAAGUACUGAUAUGCUGUUUGUUAAUACCAAUCCGGUUUUCAUUCCGGUUAGACCGCAUACACCGAGUACUAUUUCCGUAGCUGGGUUACAUAUGAAACCGCCAAUGCCUUUGCCAAAAGAUUUGAAAGAUUAUUUGGAUAGUGCCAAAGAAGGUGUCAUUUACUUCAGUCUAGGCACCAAUGUAAAAAGUAAUGAAUUAUCUGAGGAACUGCGAAAGGUCUUUAUCGAAACACUGUCUCAAGUACCCUUCAAAGUAUUAUAUAAAUAUGAAGGUGAUACUCUACCAGGAAAGCCUGAUAACGUCAAGUUGAUCAAAUGGGCACCUCAACAAGACAUAUUAAGACACAAAAACAUAAAAUGUUUUAUAACCCAAGGCGGAAUUCAAUCAUUGGAGGAAGCCUUCUACUCCCACGUCCCAAUGAUUGUAAUACCAUUCUUCGGCGAUCAAUUACCAAACGCUGAAAAAUUAAAACAGAAGGGACUAGGCCUAGUCCUGGACCGUUAUAACCUCAAUGUGGCGAACUUCAAGACCGCCAUCAACGAAGUUAUCACUAAUCCGUCUUACCGCAACGCACUAAAGCAUUAUGCUGGCAUAGUGCAGGAUGAGCCGAUGAAGCCCUUGGAACGAGCUGUUUGGUGGAUUGAGUAUGUCCUUAGGCACAAAGGCGCUCAGCAUCUGAAGGGACCAACUAUUCCUUUCUAUCAGUAUUAUUACUUGGAUGUGUUGGCGGCUCUUGCUUUGGUAAUCGUAGUUUUGCUGGGAUUCAUCCUUUUGAUGAUAAAAUGCGUUAUCAAAGGUAUCAGAAAAAUGUGUGGGUGUAAUAACAAUGUGAUCAAAACCAAGAGUGAUGUUAUUAAACUGUAUUUAGUUGUUGUAUAAGUUGAUAUUUUGUAAAUGUGAAACUAACCUAGGUUGUUAACCUUGAGCUUGAUAUGAUAAAAAUCAAUAUUUAUGGUUUUUAUCAGGGUUUUCAGGGCCUGAUUCCAAAGAGAAAACAUGUUUUUCAGUGUAGGAAGCUUUUGGUUAAUAAAUUAAAUUCAUAUGGC